UUGUCAACAAAUACCUCACUGCGUCCUUAACCCGUUAGCUGUGCAAGGUGUCCGUGCAACUGUGCCCUACUCCUCUUCAGUCUGCAACCGGAAGUGGUCUGGCGUGUUACCCACGAACGGCAACAACUCUUGCGAUUUACCGGCGUGUCGCGUUCCGUUGAAAAACACGCGUGCUUCCGUACUAACCACGAAACAAAGGUAUGGAUAUUACCUUGGGAAUGUUUUGAAAUUCGGUGCAUCGAGAGUAGUGCGUUCGUUUCGUGUUACGUUAAAAAUUAACGCGCAUGUGAUCCGUUUUCGACGUUGCACGCGAUCUUAACGGUACCUGGAAAAGCGUGCUCGUAAAUCUGUCCGAGGAUAUUGAUAAAUUCAAGAUAGUUAAAAGGAACGUUCAAAUACACGUGCUGCGCCAUGGAGGAGGAAAUAGAAUCCGGAACCGUCUCGCCAAUCAUCGCGACGCUUUCCAAAAGCAUUGGUUUCCAACGCAUCGACAUCGUUUUCGACCAUCCUCAACAGGUAUAUUACAGCGGGCAUCAAGUUUCAGGUAAUGUUCACUUGGACGUCGAGGAACCUGUGCAAGCUCUAGGAAUUAGACUUAAGUACAAGGGAGAGGCUCAGGUGUAUUUCACCGAUCGAUCGGCUGGGAUCCGACGUAAGUUUUCAGCGUUCGAGAGUUACCUCCACGUGGAAACUUAUCUCGUGGGUGAUGGUAAAGAAAAGUCUAUGAUAACCAACGGCGUCUACCCGUUCAGCCUAACGCUUCCAGAAAACUUGCCGUGCAGCUUCGAGGGCCGAUAUGGACGAGUACGGUACUCGAUUAGGGCAUUGUUGGACGUAACGACCAGUUAUCGGUUUUCCACCAAUAUUAUUCCAUUCACCGUGGCAUCCAUUCUUGACCUUAAUCGAGAUCCUCUCGCUCCCUUGCCCAUAAACGUUCAACACACUAAAGCGUACAUGGGCCAAAUAGAACCUCUCAGUAUGUCUAUGUCGCUUCCGGUACACGGUUACGUUCCUGGGCAAACUAUACCGAUGAGAAUAGCCUUGACGAAUCCUACCACGAUCGUGGUUAAGAAAAUCAGAAUUGUUUUCAAAAAAGUGGUGUCUUAUCACUCGACGGAAAAGUCGCGUAAGCAUAAAGAGAUCAUAGUAGAAGUAGAACAACCCGUUAAUAAAAACUCCGACACGUACGACGUCACGUUUGACGUUCCUGCAGUACCACCCACAGGGAUGAUCUACUGCAACAUCAUCGACGUUUAUUACACGCUUAAAGUCGAAGCUUGCAUAGACGUGAGCGAGUGGUACUACAGAAUGUUUCAGAAGAACUUGAAACUGCGAACAAAUGUAGUAGUCGGCACGGUACCGCUUCAAAAUUACGAGAGUCUUCAAAAAACGAUCGACGCGACGGAAGCUUUACCGUGUGCGAGGUCCGUCGAAGAAUACGACGACGUUGUUGAAAACUUGAAGAAAGAGGAAAUUCGAAAGCCAAGUUUGUCGUUGCCGCUCUACGAGAAAAGUCAGAUAUAUCGAUCCUCAAAACCGGACAGAGACGAUCCCACGGGGGAUGAAGGUGACAGCGACGGAGAGGUCAAACCGUAUUUGCCCAUGUAUCGCGUGUACAAGUUCAAAUCGUCCCGAAAAGAAGGGUAAAUAGAUACAUCGUUGGCUAUAUAAUCACGGAAGAGCCUCGCUUAAUUAUCGUUCAUUGUAUCGUUCGAAAUUGAUGUUCGUCAGCGAUGUCUGUAAUGGGUCGACGAAAUGGAUUGAAAUUGUUGAAAACGCAAGAGGAUAUAUAUAUAUUGUUGCUUCAGAAAAAAAGUUUUAUACAUUUACGCGCGCAUGAAUCGCGUGCAAUUUCGCGUUCUA